AUGGAGGGGAGGCCGAGGUGGCCCUACACCCGCCUCUCCUACUCCUACACGAAGGGCUUCCCGGAGAGGGCCAAGCCCUUCAUGGAGGCGGCCUUUAGGCAGCGGGCCAACGUGUCGGUUUUCACCUUCUACGAGAACCUGGGCUUCUUAAAGAGUGACAUUGUGAUCGGGUUUUUCAAGGGAGACCAUGGAGAUGGGGCGGCGUUCGAUGGGCAGAUGGGGAAGCUGGCACACGCUUUCGCGCCGGAGGAUGGGCGUCUCCACUUCGACGCGGACGAGAAAUGGUCGUUAAAGAAUACAUAUGUUGACGGGAUUCACUUUGAAUCGGUGGCUAUGCACCAGCUUGGUCAUAUACUUGGGCUUGGUCACACCACAGAAAUUAAAGCUCUCAUGUAUCCCGGUAUUUCAAUGGGCGAGAUUAAGAAGUUACAUGUGGAUGAUAUCUAUGGAAUUUCUGUACUCUACCCUCCUCUCUUUUAA